AUCAAAAAUAUCUUGUGUCAUAAAACUUGACUUUUCAAAUUUUUGUGUUUGAUUUUCCUUGCAGUAUAAAUAUGUUUGUACCUCGGCAAUUUUAUAAAAUAACUUUCUCUCCAUUCUUCACUGCUACGAGAAAUCAUCAAGUAACCGUUGUUGGGGCGACAAAUGAUGUCGGACAAACAGCAUCGCUACUACUGCGGACUUGUCCUUCUGUAAGCAAAUUAGUCCUGCACGACACAACCGAUAGCACGCCCGGAGUAGUUUUAGAUUUAUCACACAUCCCAUCCAAAUCAAAAGCUACAGGUUACUGCGGUCGAAGUACAUUAGAAGAGGCCUUAGAAGGAUCAAGUUUAGUUCUAGCCGUUGGAGGCUUACCACAAAAAUGUCCACCGACAUCACGAUCGAUAUUGUCUCAAAACGCGGAUUUUAUAAAAAUAGUUGCUUCCGCGGUGACUAGAAUUACACCAGUACCAUUCUUUGGUAUAGUAACAGAACCGAUUAAUACGCUCGUACCGAUGGCAGCUGAGGUUAUGCGGCAUCAGGGAUGUUACGAACAGAACAAAUUAUUUGGUGUAACCAUCAUCGAUGCGUUGAAAGCGCAGACUUUGUACGCCAAAGCGAACGGUUUCGUGCACAGCGAGUGUCACGUGCCGGUUAUUUGUGGCCAUUCAAGAGACACUAUGGUUCCAUUAUUAUCCCAGGCGAGUCCUAGCACAGUACUGCCUGAAGAAAAAUGUCAAGAUUUAGUAUCUACACUUCGAGAUUAUACAACUUAUGAAAAAGCGUCUUCUCCAUUAGUACCUUCAUUAUCAAUUGCAUAUAGCGUAUAUUUAUUUACCCAAAGGAUAUUAGAAGCGUUAGAUGGACAAAUAUCUCACGUGAACGCUUUGGUAGAGAACAAUGAUUUCGGUACCUCAUAUUUCUCAGGUCUGGUAGAAGUUAAUCAGAAAGGAAUCGGUGAAAUGAGACUCUACACUAAUUUGUUUUCAUACGAAUGUGGAAUACUAGAACAGAGUAUAAGACAACUACGAGAAGACGUCACAGUAGGAAGGAAAAUAUUAGAAGUUGUUUAAGGAAAUAAAAAUUAAGCACUUUAGAAUUUACUUGUAAA